AUGAAUCGGGUAUUCGGUACCGGAACCGGAACCGCCGGUUUCGGUUCCAGUUUCAAAAUUUCAAGAACCACCGGUUCCGGUUCCAAAGAAUUAGGGUAUGGACCUAUUUAUGAUAUCAUUGAUGAUAGAUGGUAUAAUCAGAUGAAUAAGGCACAACAUGUGGCAGGUUAUUACUUGAACCCAAAGAUGCAAUACAUCGAUGAUUUUGAGAAUAAUGGUUGGAUCAAAAGUGGAUUGUACAUAUACCUAGAAAGAAUGUGUGGUGCUAAUGAGAACCUAGCGAAGACGACUGAUUGUCAGUUUGAUCAAUUCACGAAUGCAAGAGGUAUCUUUGGUCUUAAUGUAGCUAAGCUAACAAGGAAAGAAAAAUCACCGGUUGAUUGGUGGGAUUCCUUUGGAGAUGACACGUCCGAGUUGAAAAUUUUUGCAAUGAGAAUUUUGAGCUUGACAUGUUCUUCAUCCGGUUGUGAGAGGAAUUGGAGUGCCUUUGAGAUGGUACAUUCUAAGACAAGAAACCGACUACAACAACAAAAGAUGAAUGAUCUUGUGUAUGUUAUGUACAACUUGAAGCUGAACGGAAGAGAUGAAAAUAAAGGAAAAAGGCAUGAUGGACUUGAGACAUUAAAUCUUGAUGAUGUUAGUUCUAAUGAUGAGUGGAUUACUGAAGAACCGUCUUCUAAUCAUGAUGUUAAUGAUGAUGAUGAUGAUUUUUUUGAAAGGGCUAUAAGAGAUCAAUUGCGUGAGUGCAGUGACCGAACAGAUUUAAGAGAAGAUAUUCUGGAUUUAGAAGAGGAAGAUGAUUUGGAUGCACAAUUUGUUAUGUUAGACUAG